UCGUUUUUGCUUAAAAAAAUUGCUUACAGUAGUUAAAAUAAUUUGUUAAGCUUAAUUUAAUACAAGUAUUAUUUAAUGUGAGGAAAAUUAUUUUAAAUGAAUUUCUGGAGAUUUUAUUAUUUAGUGAGCCCUGAUUAGUACUUUACUGCGUGGCAGGCUUGCACAAAACUUGGUUACUGCAUGAGUUGCUUGCUUUGUGAUGUGUAGCAGUUUUUUUGUGACAAGCUUAGGAAACUGUUGAAUUGGAGCAAACUUGAGGACGUAUUUUUUCUACUCUUUUAAUUCACUUUAUGCAAUUAGUUUUAAGGAUUCACGAAUUUAUCGUCUUAAAAAUUUCGGACAUAUAUCUAUUUGAUGAGUAUUUUAAUUUGUGACGCUAUCACAUACCAUUGAAUUUGUGCGUUGUUGCUUAUAGUGAAAAUACUUUUUGUUGUUUAAAAUAACCAACAAUUUUAUUUAAUCUUUUAGUUUUUUAGUCUUAUUCCUUACAUUAGAAAAACUUUAAGAUGGCUUUGUCAUAUUGGACAAAGGGCAGCAUCAAUUAAGCUGCAUCUAGGACAAGUCAAGGUUUGUGUGGUUUUAUGCGUUACUUUUACAUAUUUAUGCUUUAUGAUUUUAUCUUGCAUUGUAACAGUGGUUGAAACCUUUGUCAUGUGACAGAAAGUUGUAAAUCACUAAUCAUGUGUGGCAACAUGAUGAAAUUUAAACAUUUUUACUUGCAGAGCCUGCUGUACCAGUCCAUGGAAAUGAUUCUAUAGGUAAGAUAUUUAAUUAAUUUAAGUUCUUUAGAAUGUAAUUUAAGAGAAUAGCAUGUACAAAAUUUAUCAUCGAAAAGCUGAAUUGUGACAAGUCAAAAGGUAAUGCUUUUUUGUGAAGGUUUUGUCUUUGUCUACAAAACCCCACAUGCACAGGUUAUAUUUUAUAUUGUUAUUGUUUUUAUUUUGAGUGCAGACAGAACACAUCAGCGAUUUUUCCAAAUUCUAGAAGAAGUUAAGGCGGGGCAGCAAAAGUUACAAGAAAUGAUGAACCAGCUACUGCUCAGACUAAAUUUCAAUGAGAACCAACACUUGGGAGAAGCAGCAGCAUCUGAAGAUUUUUCGUUUCUUCUAAAAACAGAGGCAGAGCUGUAAAAGGUGGAGGAAAAUCUGGAGGAUCGGCAGAUGAGAGAAGGAGAAUGAUGAAGUAUCUCUCCUGCAUUGGGGGGGAAAAUGUUCCAGCUCUGGUACGGAGCAUAUUGAGAAGAAUAUUCUCAACUCCCCUUGCACUUCAGUAUAAUUUUACGGGAGUCAAGGGGAAGAAAGGAUUCCUCGCACUGAGAGUACGAGGAGUAAUGAUGGAUGCAGUCAGGAGAGUGUUUCCACAAGGAACAGAAUUGGAAAUAAAUAACGUGGCACGUAAAUGGUUUAUAAGGGACAGGGAUGGAGGCCGACAUCGGCGCUUUAUUUCAACUACUGAUUCUGGCUCCCCUAGCAGGCUGUCUGGUGGGGCAUCAGUUAGGGAACCAAUACAGGGAGGAAGUAAAAGUUAGAUUUAGAAAAAUAAAUCAUUUUGAAUUGUCAUU